CUUCAGUGGAACGUUCGAGUCUUGGCUUCACAGAGGAAGGAAUUUUUUGGGGGAAAUUGGGACCGAAGCGUCCAUCGCGCUACUUUACUGCAGCAAAACGUCCUGACAUAAAUCGAUAAACUCGUCUCGGCUUUCGUUCUCCAGCUAGCUUAGCGUAGCGUAGCUUGCUAACAAAGAGACGUCCGUGUCUUCGCUCAGCAGGGGGCCAAGCGUGACAGACGACAGAAUGUUGUGAUUAUCGUGGGGAAAUGCGCGCGCGGCCUGUGAAAGAAGAAGAGUACGAGGAGGAAGUUUGCCGGCCGCGCGACGACAAGAAGCCACAAGACGUCAGAGAAGAAGAUUUUCAUCCUGAGAAGUGGGAGGCCCCGCCCAUCAAAAAGGAGGAGGAGGAGCCAGACACGCCACGUGUGAAAGACGAGGAGCAGGACGGCGACGUCGGCGAGUUUCCGUCGGCCGGCGUCACUUUGAAGGAUGAAGACGACGAAGGAGGCGGCUGUGGAGCAUCCCGAGCAGACGGCCUCUCGCCUCGGCUCUCGGGCAGCGACGUCGCGGCGUCGCGCUCUUCCGAGGGUGACCGUGACGGCCGUGGUCAAGAACAGUUCAAAGACGUCUGUGAAAAAGAUCGUCGCCCCGUGCGGCGGGAGCCGAACUCCCUCCACGUCGAAGAGGAAGAGGAGCAGCUCGAUAGCAACAUGUUUCCCUUGACCGUCAUUGUGAAGUGUGAAGAUGAUGAUGAAGAAGAAGGUGACGAAGACCAAAGUGGAGGACAAAGCCUCUUAGCUCCACUGUCAGACUGCGGCAACAUAACACCGCACGCCUCUCAUGACGAUAACGGACACAAAAUGGCAUGUGACGCUGACAACGAACAUCUGGAACGUUCUCAGCGUGACAAGACUUAUUUUCACAAGUCAUCCUUAAAAGCACACGGAAGGACACACACUGGGGAAAAACCUUUUGUUUGCUCCGAUUGCGGUAAAACCUUUUCUGUAAAGAAACAUCUAAAAGUGCACUCGAGAACGCACACAGGAGAGAAACCUUUUGCCUGCUCAGUUUGUGGAAAGCGAUUCACUCAAAAGGGACAUUUACAGACGCACACGCGAACACACACUGGUGAAAAACCAUUUACUUGCUCAGUUUGCAGUAAUAGAUUCUCUGCAAAAGGACAAUUAAUAUCGCACAAAAGAACACACACUGGAGAGAAACCUUUUGCAUGCUCAGAAUGCGGUAAAAGGUUCACUCAAAGACGCACUUUGACUACACACACAAAAACCCACACGGGGGAGAAAACUUUUGCCUGCUCGGUGUGCAACUUAAGUUUCAGUGAACGUUCUAAAUUGGUAGCACACACAAGCACACACACCGGAGAAAAACCUUUUUGCUGCUCAGUUUGUGGGAAAGGCUUCACUCGAAGAUGCUCUUUGACAAUACACACCAGAACACACACCGGGGAGAAACCGUUCAGCUGCAUCGUGUGCGAGAAACGAUUCCAUGAAAAGCGUGAGGUGAAGAGACACAAGUGUGCGGGUGUGAAGGGCAGCCAUCAAUGAAUUAAA